AUGGCAUCCUUAUUAGGCGCUGGCUAUGAUUCCAGCGACGACGACACGAAUACAUUGCCCAAGGCUCAUGCGACAAGCGCUACCACCAUUGUAGCAGCACCAGAUGUGAAUACAGAGGAUCAAGCACAUAUGCAGAUGAUGCUCGCCAACACCUCCUCGGGCGCCCUCACCUACAACGCCACAUACGAUGAUCUGUCACGACCGUCACAAGGCCCGUCGAACCCUUUCCGCUCUUCCGAUGUAGGAAAUGGGUUGAAGCGUAAGAAUGUGCCCUCGGGGUUCGCCGAGGAGGCUGCCUUCAGCGAGGCGACGUUUGCCACACAUCACCGCACGUUCCAGAGUCUGGGAUACACGCGCAACCCAGGGGCCCCGGACGCAUUCAUCGGCGACCUGGACCGCGCCGCGCAAAUGGGUGGGCGGGAUAUUGUGCAAAUGAAGCCGUCCAAGGAGGUAUCUGCUGCGCUGCGCGCCAAAAGGCAGAAGAAGGGUGACGCGAGCAUCGUCGAGGGCGACGGCGCGUAUCGGGGUCCGUGGGCAAAAUACGUGGACGAUGACUACGUCUAUGAGAAGGAGGCUGCCGCUGACGACCACGAGCUGGCAAGUGACGAGGAAUACGUUGAGGAGGAUGAGGAGGAACAGCAGGCGGCCGUUCCCGCCGAGGUAAUGCCGGCCAUGAACAAGGCGGCGACAGACUACCAGGACGACUCGACUCAUGCAGAGACGACCGAGUUCCACGGAUCAGAGCAGUUCGAUUACCUGGGCCGGACGUACAUGCAUGUGCCUCAGGAUCUGGACAUCGACCUGCGCAAGGAACCGGGCAGCACCAAGAACUACGUGCCCAAGAAGCUGGUGCAAACGUGGAAGUCGCACACCAAACCCAUCACCUCGCUGCGGUUCUUGCCGAAGUCGGGUCACCUGCUGCUCUCGUCGGCUGCGGACGGCAAGGCCAAGAUUUGGGAUGUGUACCACUCCCGCGAGCUGCUGCGGACGUUUUCGGGCCACUCCAAGGCUAUUACGGACACUGACUUCCACCGCUCGGGCACGACGUUCCUGACGGCUUCGUACGACCGACAGAUGAAGCUGUGGGAUACCGAGUACGGGAAAUGCAUUGCCCGCUUCACAACGGGCAAGACCCCGCACGUCGUGCGCUUCAACCCGGGCGCGGAGAACGGACAUGAGUUCCUGGCGGGCAUGUCGGACAAGAAGAUCGUGCAGUUCGACACGCGCACGGGCGAGCUCGUCCAGGAGUACGACCACCACCUGGCGGCAGUCAACACUCUCACCUUUGUGGAUAACAACCGGCGCUUCAUCUCGACCUCGGACGACAAGUCGCUCCGUGCAUGGGAGUACGGGAUCCCCGUGCCGAUCAAGUUCAUCGCGGAGCCGUACAUGUUCGCGCUGAACCGCGCUUCGCUGCACCCGAACGGCAAGUAUGUCGCCUUCCAGUCAGGCGACAACCAGAUCGUCGUCUACGGCGCGACGGACAAGUUCCGCCAGAACCGCAAGAAGAGCUACCGUGGCCACAACAAUGCAGGGUAUGCCAUCGACGUCAAGAUCUCCCCGGACGGCCAGUUCGUCGCCUCGGGUGACUCGGGCGGCUACGUCUGCUUCUGGGACUGGAAGACCGGCAAGAUGUACCAUAAGAUCCUCGCGGGGGGGAAAGAGGGCGGUGCCAUCACCUGUCUCGACUGGCAUCCCCAGGAGACCAGCAAGGUCGUCACCGGUGGCUUGGAGGGUGUCAUCAAAUACUGGGAUUAA